AUGAUCGGGAUAAAACGACAUGAAGCUCGGUUCAGUUGCGUAAGCGACUGGGCUCGAAGCAGGGCGCAGAAGUGUGCCCGUGAUCGAGAUGGGAACCUUACAGGUAACACCCGUCGCUGUAGUUCGCAAUGGUCCCACAUCGAUCCCAGCCAGCUUCACGUCGUUUUGAACCCUACAUCGACAGAGUUCCGAAGCGGCCUAGACUACCGUUGUGCUAAUUGUGGCUUCAAACCAGCUACAAGCUCUGAAAGUCCUGCUAGCAACUGUGGCAGGCUUGGUAACGUGUUCGCUCAACACUGCAUGAGGAUCGAUGGCUCAAAUCCAGUGGUUUAA